ACGUUUUGGGAGGCACUUGUAGAGCUGAAAAAUACGAACUAUAUUUUCUGCUAACAACCCAUUUUGUAUCCCAAGCAAUUCUAGAUAGUUGUGCAUUUGAAUGAGAAUUUUGUAUUGAAAACUAGUGGAGUAUUUCGAAAUUAUCUUCAAACUAUUUAUAUACAGACCCUCAAUGAGAAUUUCAUUAUUCUGUUGUUUUUUGGGGGUUUUUUGACACAAGCUAUUUUUGUAUUUAGUUACAAAAUUUAGUCGUAAAGUUUGGUAAUAUAACAGAAGAACUGACGACAUAUUCUUGGCUAAGCAUCAAAAUUACUACGGAAUCACAGAAUGUUGUCUUCAGCGGGCACCGUCCUUGACCCUUAACACUAAGAAGAAUUCUUACACGAAGCGACUCAUUUCAAAGUGGACGGAGAAACUGAAGGAGCGAACAGAGGCGGAAAACUAACUUCAAGGUGUUUCCCAUUCUUCAUAUCAUCAGUAUCAUGGAGGCUCUACUGGCUCAUCCUGUGAUUAAAGCCUUUAUGUGUGGUUCUCUGAGUGGAACAUGCUCCACUCUGCUCUUCCAGCCUCUUGACUUGGUGAAAACCCGUUUACAGACGCUACAGAGUAACCUUCAGCCAGGGUCUUCGCGUGUUGGCAUGGUGACAGUGUUUCUGACUGUAGUGAAGACAGAGAAAAUACUCGGGUUGUGGAAAGGAGUCUCACCUUCAUUUGUGCGUUGUAUUCCCGGCGUGGGGAUCUACUUCAGCAUGUAUUACACCCUGAAGCAGCAGCUUGUCAGUGAGGGAGCCCCGGGUCCACUGCAGGCUGUCCUGCUGGGGGCAGGAGCCAGAUCAGUGGCAGGAGUUUGCAUGCUGCCCGUCACAGUCAUCAAAACACGCUUUGAGAGUGGGCGUUAUAACUACGUCAGCGUGACAGGAGCUCUGAGGAGUGUGUGUCGGACUGAGGGACCCAGAGCUCUGUACUCUGGACUGACUGCUACACUCCUCCGUGAUGCACCUUUCUCCGGCAUCUAUGUCAUGUUUUACAGCCAGACCAAGAAUGCACUGCCGCAGGAGACGAGUGUCUCUCCCUAUGCUCCACUGGUGAAUUUCAGCUGUGGGGUGCUAGCUGGGGUUCUGGCUUCCCUCGUCACUCAACCAGCUGACGUAGUCAAAACUCAUAUUCAAGUGAGUCCCCAACUCUUCAAGAAGACAACAGACGCCAUAUGGUACAUCUACAAGGAGUACGGUGUGAGGGGGUUUUUCCGUGGAGCAGUGCCACGUUCUCUGAGGAGGACGAUGAUGGCCGCUAUGGCCUGGACCGUCUACGAACAGCUCAUGACACAGUUUGGUCUCAAAUCCUGAGCAUAAAGAAGAAAAAAAAAACCUACUGACCAAGAGUCUGAAUGUAAUGACAAAAAACGCGGUGACUUUGCAGACGGAAAAAAAGCUUCUGAUUUUUCUCUUUGUGUUGACCUACAUUUGACCUGGUCCGGUAGGUACACAAACCGCCUUAGUCUUGCCAUUUCUAGUUGAGCAGAAGACGGGUUGACCAAGGACACGCCGUCAUGCACUCUGUGUCUGUCCAGAGAGACUGACGCUCGUGAGAAAACUGAUGCUUGUGAGAAUGUCGAUAAAAGCAGAGCUGUGAAAGUGCUGGACUUUUUUUGUCAAGUUUGCGGAAAUUGUUCAAAACACUGAAAUCCUGCUUUAAAGAAAGCACUGAGUUGUCUUUUUGUUUGUUUGUUUUUAAAUGAACUUCGAACCUGUUGUCUGAAUUGAUCCUAGAAAAGACAAUGUUGCACUACAGUUAGACUUGGUUCAGUCUUAGGUGUCUGAUGUCAUAUAUAUUCCAUUAGGAUUUAGCUUUGCUGCACCGUCUGGGGUUAACCAGGAAAUUUGGUACAGUUUUGUUAUUCUAUAUAUGGGCUGCAUUAUAUAAAAGCACUUUAAAAUGAUGGAGAAUCAACUAAUGUACUCGCACAACAGGUAUACUCUGUAAACCUGAUCUGUCUCUCUCACUCUCUCUCUCUCUCUGUCACACAUACGCGCACACACACAAAAGUGUAAUGACUGGCUUAUGAUGGCAUCAUACAGUUUUCACUGUAUGGUGAUUAGACUUUAUUUAUAAUAAUAAUAAUUACAGUAUUGUUGUUCUGAUUGGCUGGUG